AUGUGUGGUAUCUUCUGCGUCUACAAGAAGGAGGGUGACCUCCAGGCUUACCGCCCCCGCGCCAUCGCCCUCUCCAAGCAGCAGAGGCACCGUGGCCCCGACUGGUCCGGAUGUGUCGUUGCCCAAGACUCGAUUCUCGUCCACGAGCGUCUCGCCAUUGUCGGUGUUGACUCUGGCGCUCAGCCCCUCGUCUCCGACGAUGGCAAGAUCCUCCUUGCCGUCAACGGUGAGAUCUACAACCACCUCGAGCUCCGCAAGAGCCUGAAGAACCCGCCUGAGUGGAAGACCCACUCCGACUGUGAGCCGAUCAUGUACCUGUACAAGGAGAACAAGGACGACAUCACCGCCAUGUGCAACAAGCUCGACGGCAUGUUCUCGUUCGUUCUCCUCGACACCUCGGUCACCCCCUCGCGCCUCAUUGCCGCCCGUGACCCCAUUGGUAUCACGACGCUCUACAUGGGCUGGAACUCGGCCGCCCCGGAGACGCUCUACUUCGCCUCCGAGCUCAAGUGCAUCCAGGAGGAGUGCGACAACCUCAAGUCGUUCCCCCCGGGACACUACUACGACUCGAACGUCGGCGAGAUGACCCGCUACUUCAACCCGUCGUGGUGGGACUCUGACAAGCCCGGCAAGACCCCCAAGAACCCCGUUGACCUUACCGCCAUCCGCGAGACCCUCGAGAUGGCUGUCCGCAAGCGUCUCAUGUCCGAGGUUCCUUACGGUGUCCUUCUUUCCGGUGGUCUUGACUCGUCGCUGAUUGCCUCGAUCGCCGCCCGCGAGACCGACAAGCUCGCCGCUGAGCAGGAGCGCAAGCGCCAGGAGUACCGCCUUCACGGCUCGAAGCCUGACGGCGACAUCCCCCUCGCUUCGUGGCCCCAGCUCCACUCCUUCGCCAUCGGUCUCCCCGGUGCCCCCGACCUUGUCGCCGCCCGCAAGGCGGCCGACAUGCUCGGCACUAUCCACCACGAGUACACCUUCACCGUCCAGGAGGGUCUCGACGCCAUCCCCGAGGUUAUCCACCACCUCGAGACUUACGACGUCACGACCGUCCGUGCCUCUACGCCGAUGUACCUCCUCUCGCGUAAGAUUAAGGCCAUGGGUGUCAAGAUGGUCCUGUCUGGUGAGGGAAGUGACGAGAUCUUCGGUGGAUACCUCUACUUCCACGCUGCCCCCAACGCCGAGGACUUCCACGAGGAGUGCGUCAAGCGUGUCAAGAACCUCCACACUGCCGACUGCCUGCGUGCCAACAAGUCGACGAUGGCUUGGGGUCUCGAGGCUCGUGUGCCGUUCCUGGACAAGAAGUUCCUCGAGGUCGCCAUGAACGUCGACCCUGCCGCCAAGAUGUUCUCCAAGGGAUCUUCGCAGACCAAGGACGCCGACGGACGCCCGCACAUGGAGAAGUACAUCCUCCGCAAGGCCUUCGACUGCGCCCCCGAGGGCAAGCCGUACCUCCCCGAGUCGAUUCUGUGGCGCCAGAAGGAGCAGUUCUCGGACGGUGUCGGCUACUCGUGGAUCGACGGUAUGAAGGACCACGCCGCCGAGGUCGUUUCGGACGAGCAGAUGGCCAAGGCUGCCGAGCGCUGGCCCAUCUCCACCCCCGACACCAAGGAGGCGUACUGGAUCCGCGACAUCUUCGAGGGCCAGUUCCCCUCUGACGCCGCCGCCCAGACCGCCGUCCGCUGGAUCCCCAAGUCCGAGUGGGGUGUCUCGUCUGACCCCUCCGGACGCGCUGUCGCCAUCCACAACGCCGCCCUCGACGACGCCCCCAAGGUCAACGGCGCCUAA